GACCAGGCACAGCGGGCGCUGGGGCAUGCGAGUGCCGCGGGUGCCCUGGUCGCUGCUCUGGGCCUUGCUGCAGCUGAGCUGGAGGCCAGGAUGGCUCCUAGACCCCCAGGACAGGCCCUGGAACCUCCUCACCUUCUUCCCAGCUCAGUCCACGGUGCCUGAAGGGGCCAACGCCACCUUUACCUGCAGCUUCUCCAAUACAUCCGAACACUUCGUUCUGAAUUUGUAUCGUCUGAGCCCCAGCAACCAGAGGCACAAGCUGGCUGCCUUCCCCGAGGACCGCAGCCAGCCACCACAGGACGGCCGCUUCAGCAUCACCCGGCUGCCUAAUGGCAAUGGGUACCUCAUGAGUGUGGUUGGUGUCCGGCUCAACGACAGUGGGAUCUACCUGUGCGGGGCCAUAUCCCUGCACCCCCGGACACAGAUCAAGGAGAGCUCCCAGGCCGAGCUCAGAGUGACAGAGAGACCCCUGGAGCUAUCCACCGCACAGCCCAGCCCCUCUCCCAGGCCACCAGCUCAGCUCCAAGGCCUGGUCAUUGGUGUCCCCAGUAUCUUGGUGGGUGUUCUGCUGCUGCUGCUACUGGCCUGGGUCCUGGUGGCCACAUGCCCCAAAACAGCCCAAGGUACAGCUCGCCGAGAUGACCGGUGCUUCCUCUCCCUGCAGAAGGACAAGCCCCUGGCCCUGCCCAGCCCCACCAUGGACUAUGGGGAGCUGGACUUCCAGUGGCGGGAGAAGACGCCAGAACCCCCAGCUGCCUGCGUCCCUGAGCAGACUGAGUAUGCCACCAUUGUCUUCUCUGAUGGGCUGGGUGCCUCAGUCCCUGGACGCAGAGGCUCCGCUGACCAUCCACGGGACCCCCGGCCUCUGAGGCCCGAGGACGGACACUGUUCAUGGCCCCUUUGAUCAGCUGUCCUUAUCAUCAGCAUCCUAUGGAGCCUCCACCCAGUGCCCAGGCCAUGGGGCCUCCUGAGGGCUGUUGACACAGGGUGACCGCCCCAUGCUGGUGCCUGACCACCUGAAUGUGGCCCUCACAGGACUUACUUCCCAAGGCUCAGGGACUACUUGGACCUCCAUGGGUGGGACCACUCAAGCCUAGCUCUCCUAGCCCACUGCUGCUGAGCUUGGCACAACCCCAUUUGCCUACUGCCCAGAGUGGGGGUGGCCUCUGCCUUAUGCAGCCCCAUGAUGGGCAUGCUGGGCUAGGACAUCGGGGGACACAGCCUUACCCCCACAGGAGCCUCCAACCGGGUCCUUUGUCAACAGGAGACUGAAGGGCCUCUCGGAGUCUGUGGCCAGCAGCCCUCCACCAGGCCCCCUGGGCUGUGCCAGGGGAGGGCAGGGGAGGGUCACAGGCCCCUGUGGUGGAGCUCCUGCUGGGAGGCAAGGGUUCAGGGUCUGCAGGCAGAACCCAAUGGGACUGGCUGUCAUAGCCCAGGCUGGCCACCAAGGGGCUGCGGGAGGUGAGACCUGGAACCAGAACCGCUGCCUCUGGUCAUUAAAUGUUGAGUGAACUCA